AUGGCUGAUCCAAACCAACAACGCGUCACUGCAGCCUUUGCGCCGCCCCCGCCAUUAUGGAAAUACUUCACACGUGAGAAUCUUGACAAGCUAGAGGAGAUCAAGAAGGCUUCGACAAAGGAGGAUGAACGACCAAAAAGUGAUAAGCAAUGGACACCACAAGAACUUCGAGCACUGGAAAUACCCCAAGAGCUUCGUUUCCUUGUCCCGCCAGAGACACCAACAUCGGAAUACUCAGUGUUUGGUGAAUUACAAAGCCUUUCUACAGUAUUACCUUCCUUGAAAGAGCAAGGCAUUGAACAGCUCUAUCCAGAACCUACCGCAGACACCCAAGACCCUUCAAAACCUCAACCCUUGAACCAUGCCUACUACCUGCUGAAGAUCAGCAAGUCUCUCCUCCUGAACUUCCUCGAGUUUGUUGGAAUUCUGUCAGUCUCCCCAGAGCAAUUCGAACCGAAAGUUGAAGACAUGCGCAAUAUGUUCAUCAACGCGCAUCACCUCCUCAAUCUAUACCGCCCACACCAAGCCCGCGAAUCACUCAUCAUGAUGAUGGAGGAACAACUAGAGCGCACAAGAAACGAAAUCAAACAAAUGGAUAAGGUCAAGGCCGAUAUUCAAAGUGCCCUGGAAGAAUUGCAAUCCAGUGACAACCGUGACAGCUCAACAGAGCGCCAAGAGAGUGAACACGGGCAGUCAGAGUCGAAUUUACAAAGGGCUGAGAACUCACAAAUACUGUGGAACCUUCUUGACAGUGAGAUUUGA